CGCAUGCGUCCCAGUCACCCGGAACUUGUGGAGCGGCUGAGGGCGCCGGGGGAAGGAGGAGGAGGAGGAGGAGGCCCGGCGUCGCCCGCGGCGGUUGGAGAGAUACCAUUUCCAUCAUGGUGGGUGAGAGGCGGAAUGGAAAUCUGCUGGUGCAUCUUGGACCCAAGCUGCAGGCCUAUCCUGAGGAGCUGAUCCGACAGCGUCGAGGCCAUGAUGGACACACAGAAUAUCUGAUUCGCUGGAACAUCCUUAGCUUGGAUGAUACUAUAGGGAACAGCACCAAUGCUGCUUCCGUUGAAAGUAAAACAGAGAAUAUUUUGAUGUGGAUGUCAGCAGAGGAGGUUUAUGCUAACUGCCCCACGUUGCUGGGUAAGAGGAAACCCGAGGGGCAGCGAGUGAAGGAGGAGAAAGCGCCUAGCAAUACAUUUCCAUCUGAUGUUACAGUGGAUGAAGCUUCAUUGCGCGAAAUGAAGGCUGAUGUCAGGAACCUGGUUCAGCGGGCUGCACGGCAAAUGGCUAGGACCACAGGCCCUGAGUCAUCUAUCCUUAACACAAUCCAUGUGCUCAGUGCCUAUGCCAGUAUUGGUUCCUUGACAGGUGUCUUCAAGGAGACAGGAGCGCUGGAUCUGCUGAUGAAGAUGUUGUGUAAUGAAGAGAAACAAAUCCGACGCAGCGCUGGCAAAAUGCUGAGAGCACUGGCUUCCCAUGAUGCAGGGAGCCGAGCUUAUGUUCUCUUGUCCCUAAGCCAGCAGGAUGGCAUUGAGCAGCAUAUGGAUUUUGAUAGUCGUUAUACCCUUCUAGAACUCUUUGCAGAGACAACAUCCUCUGAAGAGCACUGCAUGUCCUUUGAAGGCAUCCACCUUCCUCAGAUUCCAGGGAAGCUGCUGUUUUCUCUAGUGAAACGGUACCUGUGUGUUACCUCCCUCAUGGACAAGCUUAACAGCACUACAGAAUUAGGAGGGGAGCGUCAGGACUGUGCAGCCCCCAGUGCAAAUUAUGGGGAGAAAAGCCGACUGCAACGGGAAUUUGAUUUCAGCAUGGCCAUGGCUAACCUCAUUUCAGAACUAGUGCGAGUCAUGGGCUGGGACCGCAGCCAAGAGAGAGAGCUUCUUUCCUUGAGGGAUACACAACCUCGAGUCAUUCGUUCCAUUUUCCAGCCCAAAGGCUCAACUUGCACUGCUGUUCAGGUGCCUCUAGUAACCCCAAAGCCUUCACCAAGGAAGAAGCAAGGUCGAGUAUUUUUGACUUUGUCAGAUUUCUCUAGUCGCAGCAGCUAUGUAGAGUAUGUGCAGGAGAACCUGAAGCCUGGGAUGACUGUUCGAAUGCUGGAAGACUAUGAGGAGAUCAGCGCUGGUGAUGAGGGUGAAUUUCACCAGAGCAAUAGUGGAAUGCCUCCAGUACAGGUUUUGUGGCAGUCUACUGGUCGUACUUACUGGGUCCACUGGCAUAUGAUAGAGAUUAUUGGCUCUGGUGAGCCACUUGAAGAUGAAGCUGCUCAAGAAAAGGCAUCCAAUUUAACAGAAAACCUGAAACUACCCACAGUUACUCAGACCUUCUAUUGCAAGCCGCUUGGGGGACUCUAUUCCUUGCCAUACCUGACAGAUCAAACGAAUGAGAAUUCUGGAAACCUGAGUCGGGCUGAAUGGUGGGAACUGCUCUUCUUCAUUAAGAAACUAGAACAGUGUGAGCAACAGGAAGUGCUCCACUUCAUCCAGCAGAACCAUGAAGGGCAGAUGGUGGAGUUAGAUGAAGAGGCCCUGAUCCAGCUCUCUAUAUCGGUAGAGUUGGCUCAGCAAGUGCUACAGCUCUUGAACAAGCAUUGCCAGGGCUGUACCCAAACUGAUCUACAGAGUUCCCAUAUCUAUCUGAAAUAUUCAUUUGGCAAGAGAGGAGCAGAGCAUCACUGCCAAAAAGUGGUCCCUGCAAACUGUGGCAGCCUUUCGGAAGCUACGGCAUCCAAAAAGCCAAAGAAAGAGUCUCUUUCUGCUGAAGUGCUUUCUCCAGCUCCAAUGGUGGCAGAGAAGACUGACACACAGCAGAUUAAUGAGCUUCUCAAAGUGGAAGAACUUUCCCUCCCAGAUACGCUGGAUGAGAAAGCCAAAACUUUCUGCAGCAUGAAGUUGAUCAUGAAGAGGGGUGCCUUGGAGAAGAUAGGAGAUGUCAUAGACGUGAUCCAGAAAUCUGGUUCUGAUGUCACACUACAGAUGGCUGGACUAAGAUUCAUCACAAAGAUCUUAGAGGAUGAACCUGGUCAAGAGAGACAACUCAUCAAAGUGGAAGGAGGACUUUCAGUCAGAGAGAAAAUGGUGAAGAUGCUGGUGGAGCUGCUGAGCAACCAAGUGAAGGAGAAGCUGCUGGUGGCGCUGGCGCUGAGACUGCUCUAUGUGUGCAUGGCGAAGUAUGAUUGGCGUGUUCUGUUUGCCACCGAAGGUGGGGUGCGUGCCGUAUUGGGCUGCAUGCAGGAGUAUUCCACAUCAGCAUUGGUGCAGCAGGCUGGCCUGGCAGCACUGACCGUACUGGUGGGUGCCGGGAAUUGUGAGCUGUUCGGUAGCAGUGGGAAGUCAUAUUCUCUGAACCACUCGGAUGCCCAGAUGAUCCGGGAAAUUUUUGCUAGCAUUGGCUCUGCUUCCAGCAAGGAUUCUGACAACUUGCUCUGUGCCAUCCCUGCUGCAAUUGAGAAGAUGUUGGACACACCUGGGGCCUCCUCUGCAGUGCAGAAUGGGCUAUUGGUGUUGAAUAUGCUGAUCAGCAAUCACAAGGGAUUGGCUGAGCAGCUGGGAAACUGUGACCUCCACUCAGUCCUGCAGAAGUGCUGCAAAGCAGGCCAGAGCAACAAUGAGAUGUUGGCUCGGAUAGUGCUCAACCGUCUGGCUGAGCAUAAGUUGCCCCUGAGCCAGGAGAAUUCAGAGUCUGAGACCACCUUUGAGCUCAAGGAGAUGGAUGUACCAACUUUACUAAGAAACCUCAGUGAGACCAGUUUCUCAAAGGAGGUGGUGCUAGCACUGGAGCGCUGGCUUUGUGAUGAGGGUGUCAGCCCUGAGGGAAAUGGCACCGAGCUUUUGCCAGACCGUGAGCAUUUCCUCCUGCUGCUGAAAACCCUAGAGCAGCUGGGAGCUGAGAAGACUGUGCAGAUGGGCAUUCUGAGAAUUUUGAAUAAGUUUUUGGACAGUUCCCAAGAUGACAUGCUGCCUUGGCAUGAGUGCAUUGAGCCCUGCCUUUCUUCCAUGAAUGCUCACAGCAAUGAGCGAGAGGUUGUGCAGGAGUUCAUCCGUUUCUUGCAUCGUCUAGCUACUACAAACAAAGAUUGCGCUGUUGUGAUGUCUCGGGUGGGAACAAAGGAGGCUCUGACCAAAGCUAUGGACAAGCACAACUCUAAUCUGUUGCUAGUUACAGAGCUCCGUGACCUUGUGACUGACUGUGAGAAAUAUGCCAGCUUGUAUAAGAAGAUGACAACCAGCAUUCUGGCAGGAUGCAUCCAGAUGGUCCUGGGUCAGAUUGAGGAACACAGACGUAGCCACCAGCCUAUCAACAUCCCCUUCUUUGAUGUUUUCCUGCGCAACCUUUGCCAAGGUUCCAAUGUGGAGGUGAAGGAGGACAAGUGUUGGGAGAGAGUGGAAGUAUCAUCCAACCCCCACCGAGCCAACAAGCUGACAGACAGGAAUCCAAAGACAUACUGGGAAUCAAACGGCAGUACUGGCUCUCAUUAUAUCAAUGUCUAUAUGCACCGUGGGGUCAUAGUCAGGCAGAUGACUUUGCUAGUAGCCAGUGAGGAUUCCAGCUAUAUGCCAGCGCGGAUUGUCGUCAUGGGAGGAGAGAACACAUCUAACAUCACGACUGAACUCAACACAGUGAACGUUCUGCCUUCAGCCAGCAGAGUCGUUCUUCUGGAGAACAUGGCCCGCUUCUGGCCCAUCAUACAGAUCAAGAUCAAGCGUUGUCAACAGGUAGGGGCAUAUGCUGACUACCGGUACUACCUCGGAGACCGGCUCCUGUCCCAGGGCAAGACGUGGCUGGAGGACGCCGUGGUGGAGCACAUCGGACUCUGUUUUCCCAACCGCUUCCCACAGCAGAUGCUGAAGAACUUGAGUGAGCUGGAGGAGCAACAGCAGCAGUUCCACCUCUUCCAGCUGCAGCAGCUCGACAAGCAUUUGCUGGAACUGGACCAGAAGGGGAAGUGGAAAGAGGAGGGGGAAGAGGUGAUGGAGGAGCUGCCUUUUUGUCCCGAGGAAGAGGUGGAGGUGAAAGUGUUGGCCUUGUCUCCACGCUGCUGGACCAUCUCUCCGCUCUGCUACCUGGAGGAGCCGGACAGGUUUUUCCCACCAUCCCUCAGUCAGCGCUUGGUCAAGUUUGCUGACUUCUACACACAGAGCCAGAGCCGCUUCGGGCUGGAGCACACCAAGCCUCGGCGUUUACAGUGGACAUGGUUGGGCCAUGCAGAGCUCGAGUACCAGGGCCGCAUCCUGCACGUCUCUACCCUGCAGAUGUACAUCCUUCUGUGCUUCAACCAUGCUGAGGAGGUUUCUUUGGAUACACUAUUGCAAGCUACAGGCCUUUCUCCUGUCCUUCUGAGUCAUGCACUGAAACCUUUGACGAAAGAGAAUGGUAUCCUGACCCAGAGUCAAAGUGUCUUGAAGCUGAAUGAAGGGAUGCUGUCACAGGUGUCGGGUCAGCGCUUUUGGCUAUUGCCCAAACAGAUGUACCUGAAUGUAGAGGAAGAUGAAGGCAGUGCUCUGGAGAGGAAGAGGAACAUCAUCUGUUGCCUUCUCAUCCAGAUCCUGAAAGAGGAGAAAGAGAUACACAUUGACAACUUGGUGUUCAAGGUGAUUGAUGCUUGCCAGAAAUGGGAGUCCAGCUCGACUCUGAAGUUCUUGAGCUUUUGCUGCAGUAGCACUGAUGUCUUGUCAUGCAUCCUGCAUCUGCUGAGCCAGGGCUACAUCCGGCGCCAAGAGGACAACCCACAGCUUCUGGAGUACAUUUGUGCAGAGCCCAGUACACCCCACCGGGGCCAAGCUCAACUCAUCUUUCAGACCACUGAUAGCCAAAAGAAGAAAAAGCCUCCUGAGACUGAUGCUGGAAACAAAUUCUCUCCUUUCAGGUUGGAUGCCUUUGGCCUUGGUACAGAACAGGUGCUGAUGGAGACUGUGUUGUUGCCCAUGGGACGCACAAUGAGCCAAGAAGAGGUGGAGGUACUGAUGAACCAAACAGUGCAGAGAGUCUCGGAUACUCUAUGUGUGACUGCAGACGUAGCCCAGCACUUACUUAUACACUGUAAGUGGAAUGUGGAUGUUCUAAUCCAGCGAUACACAGAAGAUCUAGAGCAGCUGCUAUAUUCUUCAGGGCUCCAGGUGCGAAAUCUGCAGCCAUCCUCAAGCCCUAUCACCCAUUGUCCAGUGUGCUUGAAUCCUCUGAAUCAAGAAGACAACCCACCAGUUCUGUGUUGCUUACACUACUGUUGUAAGUCCUGCUGGAAUGAAUAUUUGACAACUCGGAUUGAACAAAACCUGAUUCUGAACUGCAUAUGUCCUAUCUCUGAUUGCCCAGCACAGCCCACCACUGAGUUUAUCCGUUCUAUCAUUUCUUCAAAGGAGGUCAUUGCCAAGUACGAAAAGGCGCUUCUGAGGGGCUAUGUGGAAUGCUGCUCAAACCUGACUUGGUGUACCAACCCUCAAGGCUGUGAUCAGAUCCUCUGCAAGGAAGGCCUUGGUUGCGGAGAAGCCUGUUCAAAGUGCUCUUGGAUCUCUUGCUUCAACUGCAACUUCCCAGAGGCUCACUAUCCUGCCAGCUGCAGUCACAUGUCUCAGUGGAUGGAUGAUGGUGGGUUCUAUGAAGGUAUGACUGUGGAAGCCCAAAGCAAGCACCUGGCUAAACUUAUCUCCAAGCGUUGCCCAAGCUGCCAAGCUCAAAUAGAGAAGAAUGAGGGCUGUUUGCAUAUGACUUGCGCCAAAUGUAACCAUGGAUUUUGCUGGCGUUGCCUGAAGCCUUGGAAACCAACUCACAAGGAUUAUUAUAAUUGCUCUGCUAUGGUGAGUAAAGCAGCUCGACAGGAGAAGCGUUUCCAAGACUACAAUGAACGGUGCACUUUCCAUCAUCAAGCAAGGGAGUUCGCCAUGAAUUUGCGAAACAGGGUUUCUAAUGUCAGCGAUGUGCCACAGAUUCGGACUUUGACAUUUGUUGUAGAUGGCUGCAAAAUGUUGGAACAGGCACGAAAAGUGCUGGCUUACUCCUGUGUGUACAGCUACUAUAACCAAGAUACUGAAAAGAUAGAUAUCAUGGAGCAGCAAUCAGAGAACCUGGAGCUUCAUACCAAUGCCCUGCAGAUCCUUUUGGAAGAGACGUUGCUGCAGUGCCAAGAUCUUGCCUCUUCCAUUCGGCUACUCAAAGCAGAGCAUUUCAAUACGGGUCUAGAAUUAGUACGCAGGAUCCAAGAACGACUCCUAGCAAUUCUGCAGCAUGCGACUCAGGACUUCCGUGUUGGGUUCCAGACCAGACAAGGCUCUGAACAGAGGGAGGUUAAAUUAUCCAAUGUGCCUAAUAGUACUUCUGCAUAUAAAGAGCUGCUUUUUGGUGAGGCAUCGGAUUCGCCUGACACUGAUGAUGGUGGCAAAGAGGAGGAAGAUGAUGAAGAUGAGGAAUAUGUCCCUGAGUGGCAGGAUGAAUAUGAUGAUGAUCUUGAUGAUGAUAAUAUUUCUUAUGAUGAUGAAUCAGAGAAUCUUGAGAGGGAUUCUUUCAUUUUUGAAGAUGAAGAUGAUGUUUAUGAUUAGAGCUGGCCUUUUAUCCCUCCCCAUUCACCACCAAGAAUUCUGAAGUGAAACACUGCCUGUCACUUAGGUAUCCUGCUGCAUUCUGUAUUCUACUUCUGUCAUGGUCAAAAACAGGGAAAGGAGUAGGUUUUGUGUUGCACAUGGGGAGGGGAGCUGUACUCUAGUUUACAACGAAGGGCAGUCUUCUGUUUGAGAUGGCCACCUUGUACUCUUGGUAAAAAAAACACUGUGCUAAUAUAUCCAUGACUUUCAUCAGCUCUUGGCAAGGGAGAGGAGACAUCUAAGCUUUCUUCAUACUCUGCCUUAGGGAGUAAGACCCUGUGCCAGUCUACAGACAGGAUUAUCCACUGCUUCUGCUGUGCUAUAGGCUUCAAGGGGCCUGAUUUCAUACUCUUACCAGUGACAUGAAUCCCAAGAAAGAGUAACAAUAAAGGUUUUUGAGUGGCAGGUUUAGCCCAAUGACUUUUGUUUCCUUCUACGUAUGUUCAUUCUGACAAAUAACAUGGAAGUGCCAGUCUUUGUAUGUUCAGCACACACAUACACAUACGGUGUGUCUUCUGUUCCUCUCUUCACGAGAGCAAUUCUUGUUUAUUUCAGUCGCAAGUCUAGAAAGCCGUGAGAUUUGUUGCACAGGGGGAAAGGCUUUGCCAAGUUGUAGAGAAAGUAAUUCAGGUCAUUGUGCACAUUUGGAGAUGAAAAUUAGUGAAUUUGUUUUUUU